AUGGACAACUGGAAGCCCUACCUGCACACGUCGCUCUUCGGCACCUUUCCGGAGGGGGGCGAGCCGUUCCUCUUUCCUUCGUUCAUCGUCGACAGCACUGGAACCUACCUGGGCAGUGCCGUCUUCACAUUCGCCAUGGGCCUGGCUGAACGCUUGAUCACCUCGCUCCUCGACAGCACCCCGUCUCAUCGCCCAGGAAGAUCGAGACCCUACCUCCGUACGCUCCUCUUCUUCCUCGCCACCUUGCUCCGCUACCUCCUCAUGAUCAUCUCGAUGGGCAUGGACUGGUUCCUCCUCCUCACCAUCGUCUCGUCCCUCAGCCUCGGCCAGCUCUUGAUCGAGCUCCGGAGAUCAAACGCCCAAAGCGGCGCCGGCCAGGGCGGCUCCCGAGCGAGGGGCGACCACGUUCUCCUGCGUGAGGUCGAGAUCGACGAUGCCGACGCCGACGAUGCCGAAGAUGAGCACAAGGCCCUGGCGAGAUAG